AUGCCAGUGGAUAAGAUCCGAGUUGAGGGCGACGAGCGCGUCAAGUAUGAGUCUGCUACCUUGAACGGCCGGAAAUACGGCUAUCUUCUCAGUCAACCAAAAUCUGGUAAAUACCGAGGCACCAUAUUUCUGAUCCAUGGAUUCCCAGAUCUAUCCAUCAGUUGGCGAUACCAGAUCCCCAUGCUGGUGAACAUGGGACUGAGAGUCGUGGCCCCAGACUGUCUAGGCUACGGCCGCACGGAAGCCCCGGAGGACUACAUCCACUAUGGACACAAAGCCUGCGCAGACGACAUGAAGGCUUUAGCCACGCACUUGGGCGAAUCUAAAAUCAUCCUUGGUGGACAUGACUGGGGUGCUUUUCUCGCCUACCGCAUUGCCCUCUGGCAUCCGGAUCUAAUCACACACCUCUUCUCCGUGUGUGUGCCAUACUCGAGUCCCAAGAAAGAUUAUUUGCCACUCGAAGAGAUGGCGAAGACCAUCAUGCCGAACUUCGGGUAUCAGAUCCAGUUUGCAAGUGGGGAGUUGGAGAAGGUCGUUCAGUCUAAGGAGGAGAUCAAGCAGUUCUUGACUGCUUUGCAUGGGGGUCGAACACCCGAGAAUGAGUUUGGGUUCGAGGUGGAGGAGGGAGUCUUGCUUGAUCGGUUUAUGAGGUUGAGACAUUCGCGAUUGUUGAGUGAGGAGGAAUUGGAGUAUUAUGCGACAGAGUACUCGAGGAAUGGAAUUCAUGGACCGUUGAACUGGUACCGAACGCGAGAACUCAAUUUCGAGGAUGAGCUGAGUAUCGUUGGUCGGAGAAUUACUAUUCCCACACUUUUCAUCCAAGGUCUUCGGGAUUUGGCUCUGCCACCACAUCUUGGGAAAGCUAUGGGGAAGCAGAUCCCAGACCUGGUUUUGAAGCAGGUUGAUACCGCGCAUUGGGCACUAUGGGAGAAGCCCGAAGAAGUGAAUGCCAUUCUUGCUGAGUGGUUGAAGGACGUUGCCUUUGCAGGAAAGCCGUUGGAGAGGCUUUGA